ACUGAUAAAAUGAAUUUAAACACUAGUAUUUCUUACAAUAUAAACAUAGUUGAAAAUGUUACAAAAAAUUAUUCUCAGUCAGAAAAUCACGCAGAUGGGGAACCUCUGCUUAUUAAGAAAAUUCACGACGGUAUCAUCGUUUUUAUUCUUAUAACCAUUAUGCUUGCUAUGGGAUGUAACAUCACAUUACCUCAGAUCUGGAAUAAACUUCGUCGACCAGUAGGUGUAGCCAUAAGUCUAACCUGUCAAUUUCUUCUUCUACCCCUGGCUGCCUUUGCCUUAAUGAACAUCCUCCAUCUUCCCGCAUUGUUUUCGAUUGGUAUGCUAAUAGUCUCUUCCUGCCCUGGAGGGGUUGUGUCCAACGUUUUUACCUUUUUCUGUAAUGGUGAUGUAGCACUGAGUGUUACUAUGACUACAGCUUCAACUGUAGUAGCCAUUGGAAUGAUGCCCUUCACUCUUUGGGUCUAUGGUCACGCACUGGACACCAAAGACAUUAUCAUUCCUUACACAAAUAUGACCCUGACUUUGUUAGUUGUUACAGUUCCGGUAUGUGUGGGAAUACUUGUACAUUGGAAACUCCCUCGUGUGGCAAGAGUUGCAACUAAGGUCGGAAGUUAUUGUGGAUUUGCUCUCAUUGUGAUUGUUGUGGGAAUGCAAUACUACAUCUUUCCGAAGAUGCUUGCAAAAGUACCUUGGCAACAGUGCGUUGCCUCUUUAUUCUUGCCAAUAUUAGGUCUUGUCUUAGGCUUUAGUGGAGCAGCAGUAUUCCGACAGACGGCGCCAGUGAGAAGAACCAUCGCGCUUGAGGUUGGAAUACAGAACACUGGUGCAGCAUUAACUGUUUCAACGUUAUCUUUUCCAUUUGAAGUUCAGGAUCAAGUUCUUGUGUGUCCCGUUCUGUUUGGACUCGUCCAAUUUGGUGCCUGCUGCUUAGCAAGUUUAACGUACAGGAUCUACAAACGAUGGUUCAAAGCUCAGAUAGUUGAAGAUGAAAAUAUAGAAUCUUUAGGCCAAGUUAAAAACCAUCAGGGUGUUAUAAAACUUGAGCAAUCUCACGAUGAAUCACAUGCAUAAACAAAGUAUAGAGAUUUUUAUAAUUCGUUCAAUGCUACUUGGAACA